AUGAUGGACAUUCUGAAACAGAAGUUUCGAGACAGCUCGUGCUUGGCACAGCAGCUGAUGGACACCAAAGGGGCCUUCUUGUUGGAGCACAACAACGUGGUUGGAAGAGAUGCCUUCUGGUCAAAUAACUCCUUUGGCUCUGGGAAGAAUUGGCUGGGGGCCUUGCUGAUGCUGCGCCGAUCUGAACUUCUGAGACAAAUCCGUGCCGAGAAUGAUGAAUGGGCCCUUUGGCUGGUCGAUAAAGUGGACAUGCAGACCGGCCACACGUCUCCUGCCUGGAAUGACAUCGUGCAAGCGGCUACAGACUGCAUCGUCAAGGAAUUACGCCAAGUCGAUCGUCCAACUGGCAGCACCGACGCCGUGAGCGGGCAACGCUGCUCAACGAGCACUGCCGAUGCAGCCGGCAGCCAUCAAAGCAAGUUCACCCAGCUCAGUGAGCCCGGGACCACUGCGAUUCGCUCGAGCAAGGUGUCCAAGUCGGCUCAGUGGUUCUGGGAUGCGGGCGAGCCCGGCAGGCCGAACGAAAUGCCCUACGAAUCCGAGGCAAAUCUAAAGAUUGAGGAUGCCUUCCAGGAGAACAAGAAGGGAGCCUACAUUUUCGUGCCUUUGUCGUCUGGAGUGGGGGCAACCAUGUACCGCAUUGACUUCGCCAAAAUGUCAGCGACGACACCUGCAACGAGCGUGCAAUUCGUCGAGAAGAUGGAGAAUGUGGUGGUAACGAGAUCCAUCUCGUUCAAGUGUUAUCGAAGCCAGGAGCGCACCUCCUCGUCCAAAGCGCCAAGAGUCGAGGCCAGGCCCGCGACGCAGUGGUUCUGGCGCGACUACUUCAAGCAGGGCGAGUACACACCUUACGACGCCGCCGCAAACAUGAAAAUUGCCACGGCUUACGAGGUGCACGACAGCUUUGCUGGAAAUGCUUUUUUUGAUCAAGCAUAG